GGGCCUAGGGGCAAGAGGGAAAUAUUAUGUUUCUUGAGAGAAGAAAGUGAGAGAAAAGAAAUUAAAUUCAGAAAAAGAGAUGAAAGGGGUACCAAAUAGAAGAAUUCACACUUUCAGUGGUGAAAUUCGAAAGCCAUGCGAAUUAGAUGUUAAAUCCUGAAGGUGGUAUGAAUUGAGUGUUAAAUACUGAAAUUUCUCUGACGCUGACGGACUAGACUAGGCGGCGCUCCUCCUUGUCCUCGUCAAGCCCGAUGGCCUUGGACUUGGAGGGAGGGGCGGAGAUGCGGACGCCUCCCUCUCGAUCGCCGCCGCCUCUCUUCUCCUUAUAUCCACUCUGCGCACCGCUGCCUCCUCCUCGAUGGAGGUUGCCAAUGCCAUCGCCAAGGAGACCGUCGACCUGGAGAGCAUCCCAGUGGAGGAGGUGUUGGAGCAGCUGAAAUGCACGCGCGAGGGUCUCACCUCUGAGGCUGCCCAGCAGAGGAUCCGCGUCUUCGGCUACAGCAAGCUCGAGGAGAAGCAGGAAAGCAAACUGCUCAAGUUCCUCGGCUUUAUGUGGAACCCGCUUUCCUGGGUCAUGGAGAUAGCUGCCAUCAUGGCUAUCGCCCUCGCACACGAGGAAGAGCUGCCAGGGGAAAAGAGAAUGAGCAUAGACUACCACGACUUCGUUGGAAUUGUGCUCUUACUCUUUAUCAACUCUACCAUUAGCAUCAUAGAGGAAAAUUACGCUGGCAAUGCUGCCGCUGCGCUGAUGGCUCACCUGGCACCAAAAGCUAAGGUUUUACGCGACGGGACCUGGAGCGAACUAGAUGCAUCCUUGUUGGUUCCGGGCGAUAUAAUCAGUGUAAAGCUUGGGGAUAUCAUUCCUGCAGAUGCACACCUUCUUGAGGGGGAUCCGCUCAAGAUUGAUCAGAUCUUUCUGUCUGCACUUACUGGUGAAUCAUUACCUGUAACUAAGCAUCCUGGGGAUGGAAUUUACUCUGGUUCAACUUGUAAGCAAGGUGAAAUAGAAGCAAUUGUUAUUGCCACUGGAAUCCAUACUUUCUUUGGAAAGGCAGCCCAUCUUGUUGAGUCAACUACUCAUGUUGGCCACUUCCAAAAGGUUCUGACUUCGAUUGGAAACUUCUGUAUUUUUUCGAUUGCUGCAGGAAUGGUUAUAGAGUUGAUUGUAAUGUACGCUGUUCAUGAAAGGAAAUACCGCCAGAUUGUUGAUAAUCUUCUUGUGCUGCUUAUUGGUGGGAUUCCAAUUGCCAUUCCUACGGUUCUUUCUGUUACUAUGGCCAUUGGAUCACACAAACUAGCACGGCAGGGUGCUAUUACCAAGAGAAUGACGGCAAUAGAGGAAAUGGCUGGAAUGGGUGUCCUUUGUAGUGACAAAACAGGAACAUUGACACUCAACAAACUAAGCGUUGACAGAAAUUUAGUUGAGGUUUUGACAAAAGGCAUUGAGAAGGAUGAUGUUGUAUUAAUGGCUGCAAGGGCUUCAAGAUUGGAAAAUCAAGAUGCUAUUGAUUUUGCUAUUGUUUCCAUGUUGCCAGAUCCAAAAGAGGUGGCUUUUACAAACCGGAAAGAUUUCGGCCGGGAAGCUCGCAUGGCUGCUUGGGUUGGGUACACGAGCAGCGUACAGUGCACGGGCUACAGUCUGGAGGCCGGGAGAAAGCUGCGUCAAAUGGCUGAGGAGGGCCUUGGCCUACCCGGCAAAAAAAAAUGGCUGAGGAGGUCAGGUGGCGUGCUGAGAUUACAAGGUUGAGGGAAUUGCACACUCUGAAAGGAAAGGUGGAAUCUGUCGCGAAACUGAAAUGACUCGACCUGGGGGACGUCAACAAUCAACACUGUUUAACCAACACGACAGUUGAACAUUAGGUUCUAUUGCAUGUGGAUCGAACAUUUACGGUCGUCGUAAUAAAGUUGAAUUUAUUGUGCCUCCCUCAGCUCAGAUCUUUGCGCUGUACUGGAUAUAUAUAUAUACAUAUAUACACACACUAUGUACUACUAUACUAGUCAACAUGAGCCAUGAGGCAGGUAACGUAACACCUAAUAUGGUAUUCCUGCUGCAUCCGUUGGUUGUUCUUCUUAAGUGUUUGGACCAUCACCCCCUUUUUGUUUUUGGAUGUUCAGUCGAUCUUCUUUGCUGUACCUAGCCUAGACAUAGU